GCUGUUGUAUUCUUCAAAGAGUUGGUGGUGUAUUUCUCAGAGGAGGAAUGGGCUCUGCUGGAUCGGGGCCAAAGGACCUUGUACAGGGAAGUCAUGCUGGAGACAUACAGGAUCGUGGCCUCGCUCAGUUCAGUGUUGGAAGAUUCCCCUGCUCAGGAGCUGGGGUGUAUCUCCUCCAGAAUGGCCAAAGAUGAAGACCAGGAAGAGAUUGCUGGUGAUCUCAAGGGAUCAGGGGGACAGGAAGGGCAAAAAGCAGAGACUAGGAGGAAUCUGCCUGCCUUCCGGCCACAGGACUCUUGUCAAAACUUAAUCCAGAAACAGGAAGAAAAGGACAAAAGUCUUUCAGGUAGCAGGGCAUUAAUCUCCAAAUUCAAACUUGAAUUGAACCAGAGAAUUUAUACAGGGGAGAAACUCUAUCAACGUUCAGGAUGGACAAAGAGCUCAAACUUGCUUUCGCAUCAAAAAAUCCAUCCCAGUGAGAAAUCAGAUCAUUGCUCGGCGCCCAGAAAGAACUUUCUUCAGAUGGGUGAUCUUUUGCCGUAUCAAAGAAUUUACGGAGAAGAGGAAUUAUUUAAAUGCUCAGAGUGCGGAAGGCAAUUCAAUCAGAGCCCCUCUCUAGCCCGACACCAGCGAUUACACACGGAAGAAAGUCCCUACCGAUGCUUGGAGUGUGGAAAGUGUUUUGGUAGGAACACUUCCCUUAUUUCACAUGGGAGAAUCCACACUGGGGAAAAACGAUACAAAUGCCCGGAGUGCGGCAAGAGCUUUAGCCACACUGCGCUCCUAAGUCGGCAUAAAAAAAGUCACUCGGGAGAGAAGCCAUACCUCUGCUUGGAAUGUCCCAAGGCAUUCACCACGAAUGUCGGUCUGGUUUCUCACAAGAGAAUUCACACGGGGGAAAAACCGUACAUGUGUCUUGAGUGUGGAAAGUGGUUUCGGCAGGGAACACACCUUACGACCCACCGGAGGACCCACACUGGGGAGAAGCCGUACAAAUGCUUUGAGUGUGGAAGGAGCUUCAGUCAGAGUUCGCACCUCACUUUGCACCAACGGACUCACACAGGAGAGAAACC